AUGUCUUACCUGAAGGAUACCCCGAAGCUUGUCCAUAACACAUUGAGGCUAACGUCUCAGAUUAUAGAGUCAGAUACCGAAGUUUCUGUCAUUGACUUGAAUUUGCUCGAGAAUUUAAACACCAAUCAAUCUUUAAACUACAUCAAGCUAGAGCAGACACUCAACAACUUAGAGAAGAAUGGGAAAGAGUACGAACAUGAAAAGAUGGUGAUGGAUUCCUUUGGACACCAAUUGGAUGGUAUUGAGAGUAAGUUGACCAAAAUCGAAAAAAUAACCAAAGAACUCGAUCAAUGGUCCAAAGAGUUGGAAGCUGAUCUUAAGAAGUAA